UAAGAAUGGGGAACUUGAUGGGCAAAGCUAUGGAUUCAAACAUGGAGAAAAAUCAGAAAUUUAUGUUGGAAAUGAAUAGGACAAUGCUAGAGAGACAGAUCCACAUGCAAAACCAAAUGAGAGAAAGAAUGGUUGCUUCUCAGAUUGCUGGGGCUCGGGAGAUGUUUGUCUGGCUGGGAUCCUUUUAUGCUAUUGCAGGAACAGCUAUGCUUGCAGCAUUUUUUAGAACUAAAAAGCCUGCAACUAUAGCACCUCUUCUUCCUUUAACUUUUGUUGUUGGUUAUCAGGCUGAUUUUGCUUACGGUAGCAAGAUGAAUCGAAUUAAGGCCGAAGCUGAAAAUAUUAUUCAAUUUGAAAGAGAUAUAAUUGAAAUACCUUCAGGUUUACCCACAGUGUCAAGUAUAGAUUCAGCAAGAAUUCAACUUCAG